AGUAACUGCUUUAGCUUCAGACGACACAAGAUGGCUCACAAUGGAGAGAAACCAUAUAAAUGUCAUCUAUGUGGAAGUGGCUUUUUGCAAAUUUCUGACCUUAGAAAUCACAAUCGGAUCCACACUGGAGAGAAGCCAUUCAAAUGUCACCUGUGUAGGAAAGUCUUCAGUCACAGUUCCUACUUGAGACAACAUGAGAAAACUCACACAGGAGAGAAGCCAUACGCAUGCCAGCUCUGUGAGAAAACUUUCAAUCAAGUCUCUUACCUUCGAAAACAUGAGAAAAUCCAUCCUGCAGAGAAGCGCUAUGAAUGUCAUCAGUGUGAGAAAGCCUUUAGUCAAAGCUCUGGCCUUAGCCAGCACAAAAGAAUCCACACUGGAGAGAAACCACAUGUAUGUCUUGUGUGCGGAAAGGCCUUCAGUCAAAGCUCUGAACUGACUCGGCACAAAAGGACCCACACAGGACAGAAACCUUAUGAAUGCCAGCAGUGUGGGAGGGCCUUCAGUCAGUCUGCUAAUCUGAGAAGACAUGACAGAACCCACACUGGAGAGCAGCCCUAUGAGUGUCAGUUCUGUGGGAAACGCUUCAGUCACAGCUCUUCCCUUAGACGACAUGAGGGGACACAGCACUGAAGAGAAGAUCAGGGGGCCUUCAGGAGACAGUCUGACCUGGGGUGAUAUAGCAUAAAUGUC